GUUGUUAUUUUUUCUUGUUGUUUUUGCUUUGUGUUUGUUAUUCCUUUUGCAGGGGUUUCCGUUGCCAUUUUGGUUCAAGAAUUUUGUAGCUUCCGCAUCCCUUGAGUAGAUCCCAUUUCUCGGGUGCCGUGCAGAGCCAUGCUUCCCUUGCUGGUGAAUCUGCUCGCCGUGGCCUUUGCAUUGGAGUCUUGCCCAAGCGGGGCAGAUGUCACGAGCUUGCUGAAUCAUCAGUCACGUCGUGUGGCAAAUCGCCAUUCACAUCCCUUGUGGAUGAGUGAAGUCUUCACGGCCUUCACCUUGAGGGAUCUCGCGUGCCAAGGAAAGCCUUCUCAAGGCUAAAAACCCGUGAGUGUUGGGCAUCGGCCUUUGAUCGUUUCGACCGGAACAGUGAUGGUAUCAUUUCUGCGGAGGAUGUGCGGGUUCUUGAGAGUGAGACCACCAAGAAGAACCUAACCUGUCCAGAUCUUCGGGCUGGCAUAGCAAUCGCAUGCCACUGGUACCCUGAAGAAUGCAUGCAACUCAUUGUCCAUGAGCCUUUGAUCACCCCGCUGGUCUUCGAUGAUGCUGACAUCGGCGAAUUGCCACCGCCAGCUCCUGCGAGCCCAGUGAACGGCACCUCGCUGAUGUUGAUCGAAACAGAGAAUCCUGCGCUUGUUGGGGCCAGUGUCCAGGUCGCCGUGGGCUGUAUGGGGCUGGCCUUCGGAAUGCUUGGCAUUGAAACACCCAGUGGAGCCCUUGUGGCUGACCUGGUCCAGACCAACUCCAGAGCGGUGUCUUUGAUCCUUGACAUAGUGAGGAAGAUGGAUAACUUUGAUGAUAUGACCAAAAUGGCCUUAGACGUCAAUGAUAUCUUGGAGGUCCUCUACGACGAGGGCAUUUUGUCUGCAGCUCUGCAGCUCAAUCCUUAAAAAGACAAGAGCUGGUCGCUCAGAUCGACGAUGGCUCUUUGGUUUAUCCCUGGCGCUGGUCAGGCGGCUUUCCUCCUACAGGCGUCCCUAGCCCUGUUCGACGCCAUGGAUGUGAUCGAAGGAUUAAAAGAUAUGAAGAAAACCUGUGGCGACCGGGUGGCAAGGCCCAAAAGUGGCCCGGGCAAGUUUGCAAGUUACUUUUGCACGAUGCAAUCAGGGCCGGGCAAGGGCCCCCAAUUUUGAGUAGUCUUCAUAAGAAAGGCGCAUUUUCCUCACUUUCCGCUUCAGCGCGCAGCACAAACAAUGGCAGCUGCAGGGCUUUAGUGGUGGAGGAAGCGUGUCUUGCACCCAUGUUUCACCCAUCAUUCGCUUAAAAAAGGUGCCAUAUUGCACGGCUGAAAGUGCCGAGAUGGCUGACUUGCACGGCUGCUACAGGCAGCAUGCCAAAGGCGAGAGCAAA